UCCCUGACGAUUAGAUUCAGGGGAAAGUAUCUUACGGACAAUUGCUACUUGGUCAAGGCCACUUUGGUAUUGGUCUACGCAAGCAGCUGCCUCUCCAUGGAGAGUCUUGCCCUGGCUGCAGACAUUUCUGGUUCAGAAAACAGGGCGCAAAGGCAGUCGUGUCUUUUCCCCUAAUUCUUUAAUGGUGCUGCUUUCAGAAUAAGAUAAUCCUGGACCCCAUGACGUUCAGCGAGGCCAGAUUCCGGCCGUCGCUUGAGGAGAGACUGGAGAGCAUCAUCAGCGGCGCGGCGCUCAUGGCCGACUCGUCCUGCACGCGCGACGACCGGCGGGAGAGGAUCGUGGCUGAGUGCAACGCCGUCCGGCAGGCGCUCCAGGACCUGCUCAGCGAGUACAUGAACAACUUCCCUUCACCUGCGCCUGCCUCUCUGUCCAUCAUCCCUUUAUCGGAGUGUAUGAACCACCUGCAUUGGACUUCUUGAUCCUGCCGGGACC